CGCGCACCGCACGAAACCUCACAACUCACUUAACAAAAAUGGCUGCUCUCUGCUCCGUCGCGCCCGUCGUGGCCAAGGUCCCCGCCGUCUCCACCGGCAAGGCCUCCAAGUCCUCCGCGAUGCAGGUCUGGAACCCGACGAACAACAAGUUCUUCGAGACCUUCUCCUUCCUCCCCCCCCUCUCCGACCAGGAGAUCGCCCGCCAGGUCCAGUACCUCAUCAACAACGGCUGGGCUCCCUGCAUCGAGUUCGAGGGUGCCGGCAAGGCGUACUGCGACACCCACGGCUGGUCCGGCCUCGACUCCUCCGUCAACGCGGGCUACUACGAUAACCGCUACUGGGUGAUGUGGAAGCUCCCCAUGUACGGCUGCACCUCCCCGGAUGAGGUCCUCGCCGAGGUCCGCGCGUGCACCCGCGCGUUCCCCGACUGCUUCAUUCGCGUCGCGGGUUUCGACAACAUCAAGCAGGUCCAGUGCUCCUCCUUCCUCGCGCACCGCCCGGCGAACGACCGCACCUUCCAGCCGGUGACCGGCCGCCAGGUCGGCGACGGCAGCGACGGCCGCGCGGCGCCGGCGGCCCCGUCCGGCGGCGGUGACAGCGGCAUGUCCGGCGGCUUCACCCCCAAGCCCCCCCAGCAGAACUACUCCUGGUAAUCACUCAACACGUGUGAGGCGCGCGAGCGCCUCGUGAAGAGACGAGCACCGAAAGACGCAGUUCUGUAAAUGUUUUACUUUUAUUGAUGAGUGAGGCGGUGGCUCCCCACCCGCGAGAUUGCACCUAGCGCACGUCAGGUGCUUUGUAACGAACGGCGGAGCCAGAUGCGAACUAAAA